AUGGCUUCUGCGAACCACUACUCGGAUGAGUCCUCUAUCACAACGCCGACCUCGGCAGGGUUCACCGUAGCCUCAAACUCAAACGAUGUCAACGGGCAUGCCGAUGGCCUGGCGAUAUCCCAUCGGUCUUCGACGCCUCCUCUUCUUCGCGCACCUACCGGGCAAGCAUUUGCAGCCCAUGUCAAGAUGUGGGGUCCCAGUGAAAUCGCCUCGUUUCUUAACCUGUACAAAUGUGACAAGUACACCUCUCUCUUUCACCAAAACGACAUAGAUGGCAAAGUCUUGUUGGACCUAGACAUGUCCAGUCUGAAGGAGAUUGGUAUCAGCAAGGUUGGCGACCGGGUCAAGCUGCUUGGCGGUGUUCGAGACCUCCGAAAGCGCGCCUCUCGUGCCACGACUCCAUUGACUUUGGUCAACUCGCGUGUCCUUCCAAUCGGCGUAUCGUCUGUGGAAGGCAGCCCCCUCCCAGUUUUAGAACAAGACCCGCGAGGGGCACAAGUUCCCAAGCGGCUCGCAGCGCCUGGCAUGUCUGGCGUUUCGAAACGUCUACAACAGUCCCGACCUCCACCGCUCAACCUCCGCCCCAGCACCGUCCAGUCGCUGGACCAUUCCUCUUUAAUGACGGUUACCCCUAAAUCCUUUCACCCUCAAGGGCUCCAAAAGGUCGUCCCCGUGCCCGGCCCCGAGACGCGAGGCGUACCAGGUUACGAUCUUGCACCCCACCUACGUCCACCUCAACGUGAUAUUCGGAGGUCACCCAGCCCAGUCCACGAGCUUGCGCCAGCUCCGAAAAUCGCAGACAGACGGCCCCUCGCAUCGCGACCCUCUGACAGAGUACCCAGCCCAACCAAUCCUUCAACGCAGCCUCGCGACGGCCCGCCUCAUCCCUUCGCCAUCCAUGACGGCAACAAAUGGUCCAAUCGACGCCAAGGCGUGCCACAGGUGGACACCACUCGCCGCACACUCGAAGACAGGCGUAUUAUCAAGUUUGUCAAUUCUGAGGACGGAACGUCCAAGAAAAUCGAUCUGCCAAAUGCUUCCAGUGGUGUUGAAGUCCUCGAGCUGGUUCUGAGGAAGUUUGGGAAAGGAAACCCAGGAAGCCUCACAAACUUCAACGUGGACAAUGACGGGGAUGGCGAUGCACUCCAAGUGGAUGGCUGGAGCGUAUUUCUUAGAGGGACAGGCGAAGAUGAUUAUCCCCUCACCGAGUCGGCUCUGUUGGACAUUUGCAACGGCAAUCGAUCGUCCAACUCAGCAUACGACCAGGUCUCUCUACGUGGCCUCAUCCUUCGCCGCUCCACUGCCGUAAAUCGCAAGAACAUGGUCAACUAUCUCGGGGACCAGCCACCUCGUUCGCCAAUCUCCCCUUCGCAGACAGAGCGGGACGGCAUGAAGCCUCCCAGCAAAAACACAAACCGAGCCAGCAUUGUGUCUGUUUUGUCUGCCCUGGGUGUCCCUGGUGUAGUGGACACUGUGCCCGCUCCGAACGCAAGUCGUUCGCCUUCAAAUGACGCUUCUUCGCGCACCAAAAAGAUGUACAACUUCUUCGGCCAUCGACCACCCAGCGAGCUUAUUUCCAACCACCUUUCUGAGUAUUUCCCGCAUGCACGAAAGCGAGACCUAGAGAAGACCGCUCGCCAAAGCAUGUUGCGUCUAUCUCAGGCACAAAGUGAUCGUCACUUGCUCAGCUCCUCUGCGCAGUACGGCCUUGGUGGGCCGUCACCGUUCUCUGCCAGCCUUGAGAGUGUCAUUAGUCCGAAUCGUAAAGGACGUCCGCCAUCCACACGAACCGUAUCGUCAUCAACCACACCGGCAGCUAUCCCCGAAGAAGUGGAAGUUCCCAACGAGGGUCCAGCGAGGCGCUCUGCCAGUACCAUCGAUGAAGUGUCGGCUUUAGUGGGGAAUCAUCCCCCACUUUUGCCACCAAUCGAGCAUACAGGUGAAAGUUUCGUGGACUCGCUGCAAGAGUAUUCCCCAGCCCCUGCAGCCCGUACUGCUCCUCGCUCGACCGCUGGCCGACGCGGGUCCAAUGGCUCUAAUCUGAGUCGUAUCAGCGUCUUGUCAUCGAUCCGCCGCAGCAAAGAUAAGAGUGACUCCGCUAGCCUCCUCACAGUGGAUGAGAUCACUGCUGAGGUGGAGAAUCGUCGUGCCAGCAUGACUGUUGUGGACGACAGUUACGACCAAGAUGGGCCGUUCACCCCAGUUGAUAGCGAUGAGGACGUCAGCGAAUCCGACUCGGACGAUGACGAUGAAGAUAACGACGACGACGACGACGACGAUGAUGAGGACGAUGACUCAGAGGGUACAAGCACCGAUGAAGGUCGCGGCCACGUGCGAGCAUUUACGUCGACUGGCUCGAAGCGCAACAUCAAGUGGAUCAAGGGCGCGCUUAUCGGGGCCGGUUCAUUUGGAGAGGUCUUCCUUGGCAUGGACGCUCAAUCUGGUCUCUUAAUGGCGGUCAAGCAAGUCGAGUUGCCGUCAGGUGACGCUAGAAACGAGGAGAAGAAGCGGAACAUGGUCCAGGCCCUGGAAAGGGAGAUCGAGCUGUUGAAAGAACUGGCCCACCCCAACAUCGUGCAAUACCUCGACUCCGCCAGUGACGGCAACCACCUCAAUAUUUUCCUGGAAUAUGUGCCAGGUGGAUCAGUCGCCGCCCUUCUCAAUAAUUAUGGCGCAUUUGAGGAGGCUUUGGUGCGCAACUUCGUCCGCCAAAUCUUGCAAGGGUUGAGCUACUUGCAUGAGCGCGAAAUUAUUCACCGCGACAUCAAGGGAGCAAACAUUUUGGUUGAUAACAAGGGCGGCAUCAAGAUCUCCGACUUUGGAAUUUCUAAGAAGGCGGAGAGCAGCUUAAUGGCCGGUAUGCGGGUGAACCGACCUUCUCUGCAAGGCUCUGUCUUCUGGAUGGCGCCUGAGGUUGUCAAGCAAACAAGCUACACGUCCAAAGCGGACAUUUGGAGUGUCGGCUGCCUCGUUGUGGAGAUGCUGACAGGCACUCACCCAUGGGCGGACCUAACGCAAAUGCAAGCCAUGUACAGGAUUGGAACGACGAUGGCGCGUCCUGCCACGCCGAGCGACAUCUCCCCCGAAGCUGCCCACUUCCUGCAGCGCACCUUUGAGGUUAAUCACAAUGCUCGUCCCACAGCCGCAGUUCUGCUCGAGCACCCCUUCAUCCACGUCAACCAGUCUCCAGGCUCGCGGACGUCAAUUUCACUCGAGCAGGCCAGUGCAACCCUUGGGGCUGCCGCUGCUGCUCGUAACCAGCCAAUGCCCGGACUGUCUGGGCUUGGGCUGGGUUUGAACGUCAAACAGUAA